GGCACGGUGCCCCUUCGUCGCUGGUGCAAUGAGCGUCCUGGCCGCGGUGGCGCGGGCCGCCGCUGCCCCGGCAACGGCUUUGGGGCGCCGCCGAUCGGCGGCCGCGGCGGUUGGCUAUUUGCGCGAGCGCGAGCGCUGCGGCCAGGUGAAGCUCAAGCUGGGCGAGGCCGACCGCCUCAACCGGAAGGGCGAGGCCGGCAAGGCGUGGUCGCUGUACGAGGAGGCGCGCCAGGAAGCCGAGGCCGGAGACUCGGCGGCACACACCCGGUGCACCAACUGGCGUCGCUGCUGCCGCCAGUAG